AGACCAGGUCGUUAUGAGAUCAUUCACAUUGUUGGCCAGAUGAAACCAAUCCCCCAAGCAGAGGUCCCAGUGCCCUCUCCAAGUAUGUCGGCAUCAUCACCUGAGACAGCCAGUACCUCAAGCAAGCAUGGCGAUGAUGACGACAACGAAGAAUCAGACGGGGAUGUGCAGUCUCUGAAAGUUGCCAACAGAACUGGUACACAUAUGCUAGUCAGUUUUGUGCGGGUGGUAAAGGACCGACCCAUUACGGAGCUCUCCCUAGUUGACUCAACUCAAGAAGAGUACAUUACUAGGCAUGGCACAGAUGGGAAGAUACUCUAUACAGAUCACAGAAUAUCGUUUGUAACGGGGCUAAUGCCAUCCGAAGUUCUUGGUACUUCAGCGUUUAAUUAUAUGCACCAAGAUGACAUGCUCUGGUCAGUGGUGGCACAGAAGCUCAUGCUCACAAGUAGCCAAGGUCAAGGGGUUGUCUCGUACAGACUUAGGUGCAAAGAUGGUACAUAUGUCACCUUAAGAACAAGAGGCUUCCUGGAAUUCAAUAAGCAAAAGGGACAAGUGGAUUCCUUUGUGUGUAUAAAUACAGUUUUAAGUGUGAAAGAUGCUGCAUCAGAGAUCAAGAACCAGCGAAGGAAACUGUUACCAAUGAUAACUUGUCAAGAGUCAGAUGAACAUCUUAAUUCAAUAUCUUCAUCGUUUCCUCCAGAGAUGGUGAUGAUGCUAAAACAGUUGAUUAAUCCAGAUAUAAUUCAGAAAAUGAUUAACUCCGUAGAACAACCAGAAAUUGAUUCUGAAGGACCUGGUAAAAAUAUGCUUGGUGACGUUUCCACAUGCUCAAGUUCGGUCAGUUCAAGAAGUUUACAGCCUGAAGGUGAAUCAGAAUUUAACUGGCAAGGCCCAGGAAACAAGAGGCCAAAGCUACAACCUCAUAGUGAUUCCUCCACUAAAUGCUAUAGUGAGAAUAUACGAAAAGUUCAAGUUGAUAAUGAUGGAUUUGGCUUUGAAGAGGUUAAAAUAUGCAGCAUUACCAAGAAACAAAGACUAAAUGAAUCUUUUACAGAGGUAUCAACAAAAAAAUUUAGUUUUCAAAGAGAACUUACAGGUUCAGAUCCUACGCAAACUGAUUAUAGCCCUAGAUCUGUUCAUGAGAGCAUACAAAGCAAAAUGAGCAAGCAAGUUACAACUGCAUUUGCAUCAGGAACAGGAAUGAAUCAGGUAUUACCAGUUGAUAGUAAUCAACAGCAAGAUUCUUCAAGCCUUCCAUAUCCUUUAAGCCCUCAAGAUAAAGAGUUUGCUGGUAUGGCAUCUGCAGGGAAAUUCAGUGACAGUAGGGUUGGUAAUCAUCUUUCUUCAUGGAUGCAGCAAAGCAGUAGAAGUCCAAAUUUACUCUCCCCAGAGUGUUAUCCUCAAAUUGAUGCUGUUAAUCAGCCUGCAAAAAGUCCAAACUCAGGUAGUAAUAUACCAUCCCCGAGAUACGUAGACCAAAAAAUUAUUCCUUCUCCAAGACAGUUUGACCAGAGCAGGAGUGGAAGCAUUCCCUCCCCAGGAAGCUGUGAUAUGUCUAUUCCUUUCCAAAGUGCUGGAAUGAGUCAGUCCCCUAAUCCCUGUGACCAAAGAAGUCAGACUUUAUCAGCUGGUUCUUAUGAUGAACGAUGCACAAGUUUGCAGUCUCCAAACCCUUGUGUUGGAAGUUUGGCAUCACUUAGUCAAUAUGACCAAAGAGGUGGUAGUUUAUCUUCAUCUGGUCAUUAUGAUGAGAGAGCUGGACACAUGACCUCUCAAGGUGUAUAUGACCAGAGAGGUCAAAGCAUGCCUGUUACUAGCCAGGGUGAUCAGAGAGGGCGGAAUAUGGCUUCUGAUCAAUAUGACCAGAGAGAUGUAAGCUUGCCACCAAGCCAUUAUAUAAAACCUUCGAGUAUGUACCAUCCAAAAAGUUCAAGUAUGCUUUCCCCAGGAACCCAGAGUAUGAAUGUUUUACAUCACAGAAAUCACCAGGUUAAAAGUGAAGCCAAUAUCACAUCUGGAGAACAGCUAUUUGAAUCACAAAUCCAAAUGUGUCCUCAGUACAUCCAAACUCCUACCACUAGUUCUAUCCCCUUACAACAACAACCUCAGCAAUAUGGACAAAAACAGUUUUCAAAACCAGUUCAGGGCAUGUCCAGUUCUGACCUGGGACAUUCCAGCUACCUCUCCACAAUGCCAGAUUGCAAUAUACAAACAGGAGUCUUGCAGCAAAACCAGUCAAGAUCAGACCAGCAAACUGCUUCCAUGAACAUGAGUAUUGUUCAGUCAUUUCCGUUUGUAGGGGAGGGAAAUAAUGGAUCCUACAAAGCAUCUCAGGCACCUGCUGGGCAGGGGAAUGACAUGGCACUGCAAUUUAGUCCAAAAUUUAAACCAAAUACUACUCCUAAUUUCGAUCCAGCUGUAUCCCUUUUGGGAUCAGACACCUUUGUACCUGUAACACUCAGUAUGAGGAACCAAUCAGAAAGGCAACAUAAACACUCUACCACCCAUUAACUGUAGAGGAAAACUUCUGUGAUAUAUGGAUAAUCUGCAUCCUGAACCUCCUCUGUGAUAUCACUACAAAAUCCUCUAUACUGGGCAACGAAUCUGUUUUGAUGGAAAAUGGGUAUGAUGCCUUCAAGAAACAGGUCAUCUCAGAACAGAAGAGAAGAUAGAUUCACGGAUAUUCACUAAAUUCAAAUUAUAGGUAAAAAUGUUCAUGAUAUAUUUUCAUAAAAAGGAAAAUUCAGAGAAUAGUGCUUCUUAUUAUAUGAGGGUCAGUAAUGAGUGAAUGUUUAUUAUGAAUGAAAGUCCUGUAGUGUAUCUAUUUUAGAGUUAUAUACAAACUUGGGUUUGUCAUAUGGUGUUCACAAGCUCACCUUAACAUUCCACUUUUUCAUAAUGUCAAGAUGUAUGCAGUCAUAGAAUUAUAUAACAAGAAAACCUCAUUGUAUUAUAAUCUUACCAGAGUAAUGUUGAUUUUCUUUUGAGCUUCAGAAUGGAAUAAUAAUCUUAUUUCCAAGAGAGGCUGAUUAUGAUAUGAAAAUGUACAGUAUCACUUGUUUUUUCUGUUUGUUUCUUGUGUUUUUGUUGUUGUUUCUUGAUUGAUAUUGAUAUUAACAUUUAUUUCAGGGCUUAGUCAUGAAGAAUUUAUUACAAUCAAUGGACUUGAAUGGAAAACCAUAGAUUCAUCACAUACAGUUAUUUAAUAUUAUCAUGUUUAUGAUAGAAAGUUCAAUACAUUACCUCUAAAGUAUAAACAGUUUUCAAGUUCCUUUUAGAUAAUCAAAUAUGGAUCUUCUCUUAAGGUUUGGUAGUAAAAUGGGAUUUAUAGAACCCAAAUUGUUGACAGAAGAAAAUGUGAAUCAUUUUGUUGUUGCCGGGAUUUUUAAAAGAGAUUGGAAGUAAUCUGUUUUAAAAGAAAAUAUUCAUUUGUGAUAUACAGCUCAUAGAUAAAGUCCCAAGAGUAUAUUUUAUGCAGAUAUAUAUAGAAUAUGUUUAUAAGAAAUAUUAGAAUACGUGUAAUGGAGUGUAUAUUUAACAAGUUAAUAAAGUUAAGCAUUUCUGGUUCUCCAUAAGUGCAGUGUAGAUGGUUUUAUGCUCAAAGAAGUUGAAAUUAAAUUGCUUUGUCAGAGAGAGUGCAAAGAGUAUUACUAUUCUUCAAAAAAUAUUAAGUUCCUCCUAAAACUUAUUUGUGUGAUAUACUGGAUUAGGAGAAAAUAUUUAUCAGUCUUCUUGAUAGUCCAACAAUAACAUGAGCUUAGAAUCAGUUUCAGUGGAAUUAGAAUAUUUAUAUGCAUGCAUUACAAUUGAGCUUUCAGUUUCAUUAAAUCUUAGAGGUACUCCUUCACACUUCAUGUUUAAGCCAGUUUUUGCUCAAUAAGUCAAGUCUUGAAGAAUGUCCUGGUUAAUGUAAGGGAAUUGUUAUAGACUCCCAAUUUUGUUACUAUAUGAUUUAUAAUUUGCCAAAA